AGGGUUUUGUGGCAGAGCCUCUCGUUUUCAUUCACUUACGGCGAGAGAGAGAGAGAGAGAGAGAGAGGAAUCCAUGGCGCCGAAUCAGAGAACCCCAAAGGUGAGCAGGAACCCUGAUCUGAUUCGCGGUAUUGGGAAGUACUCAAGGUCUAAGAUGUACCACAAAAGGGGUCUUUGGGCUAUCAAAGCCAAAAACGGUGGCGUUUUCCCUCGCCACGACGCCAAGCACAAGGCACCGGCUCCGGUGGAGAAGCCCUCCAAGUUCUACCCCGCCGAUGAUGUCAAGAAGCCUCUUGUAAACAAGCGGAAGCCUAGGCCCACCAAGCUCAGGGCGAGUAUUUCAGCGGGUACUGUGCUGAUCAUACUUGCUGGGAGGUUCAAGGGAAAAAGAGUUGUUUUCCUGAAGCAGCUUACAUCCGGGUUGCUUUUGGUCACUGGACCGUUCAAGAUUAAUGGUGUUCCUCUAAGACGUGUGAAUCAAUCUUAUGUGAUUGCUACUUCGAUGAAGAUUGACAUUGCUGGAGUUAACGUGGAUAAGUUUGAUGACAAAUAUUUUGCUAAGGAAGUUCAGAAGAAGAAAAAGAAAGGAGAUGGGGAGUUUUUUGAGACCGAGAAAGAGGAGAGAAAUGUGCUCCCACAAGAGAAAAAAGAUGAUCAGAAAGCUGUUGAUGCGGCAUUGUUAAAAUCCAUUGAGGGAGUUUCAGACUUGAAGGCCUACUUGGCUGCAAGGUUUUCUCUCAAGGCUGGCAUGAAACCUCAUGAACUGAAGUUUUAGAGGAAGCGCUGGCAAAUUAAUAGGGCUGAUUCUCUUCAUUACUCUGUUUACUUUUUUCGAACUUGGUCAUGGUGGUUGUACUCAUCUAGUUCCAUUGGUAAUUGACAGUUACAUUUUCUGUGUUUUGUUCGAUGGAUUUUCCUUUUUCCAA